AUGCCGUUGAUCGAGGCGCAUCUCGGCGACGAGAAGCAUUUACAGGAUAUUGCAGAUAUCAUCGCAGCUUCACACAAAGUGCUUGUGGUAACUGGUGCAGGCAUCAGCACCAGUAUUGGCAUACCGGACUUCCGAUCUAAGGAUGGAUUGUACAACCUGAUCCCAGAGUCAACACUUCCCUCGCCUCCUCCCUCUGAACCAGCAACGCCCAUAAAGACGAGAUAUGAGUCGCCAGUGUCGACCCCGUCGCGUAAGCGCAAAGCAGAGGUAUUGGAAGACGACGACGAGGAGCCCAUCUCGUCCCAGAGCUCACAUUCGGGUCGUAGAUCGUCCAUGACUCCUACAAAGAAGCUUCGUGGUCAAGACCUGUUCGACUCGCGAGUGUUUCAAGACGCAGCAUCGACCACCAUGUUCUACCGCUUCAUCGCUUCCUUGCGAGAGAAGAUCUACGACGAAGUCAAGGACACCAGUGGUACACACAAGUUCAUCAAGACUUUACGCGAUGGCGGCCGCCUCAUGAGGUGCUACACACAAAAUAUUGACUGUCUUGAGUCUCGAGAGGGCCUCGUCACAGACUUGAAACGCGGCAAAGGCAACAAGAGAAGGUUCAUGAAGAAGAAUUACGAGAAGCCACGAGAGUCGCCAAUCUUGCCUGGUUCGGAGAUGGAUGGCGGCUGCGAAGUGGUCCAACUGCAUGGCGAGCUGGACACUUUACGGUGCUCGGUCUGCUCGACGCAAUGGACCUGGACCGAGAACGAGACCGAGGUCUUCAUGGAUGGCUUUGCUCCACGAUGUAAGAAAUGUGCGAAGAAAAGUCUAGAGCGGCAGGAGACGGGCAAGAGAGGACUCACUGUUGGGUCGUUGCGUCCAAACAUUGUGCUGUACGGCGAGGAUCACCCACAAAACACCCUUCUGAGCCCUUUCGUACCGUACGACGCCAGUUGUCAGCCAGAUGUCCUGAUCAUCAUGGGUACAUCACUAAAGGUGUUCGGCCUCCAGAAGAUCAUACGCGAAUUCGCCAAAGCUGUGCAUGGUCAGAAGAAGGGCAAAGUUAUCUUCGUCAACCGCACAAGGCCUGCCGAAAGUGUCUGGGACAGCUUCAUUGACUACUUCGUGCCCAUGGACUGCGAUGACUGGGUGAUCGAUCUAAGGCAGCGGCGGGCGGAUAUCUGGCUGCGGCAAGGCGAGAUUGGUGCCACGAUGAAGGUUUCGAAACCGAAGAAGCGAAAGUCCGAGCCGGUACAAAAGCAGAAGGGCGUGGAAGUGGUCAUUCCCUUGCGGCCACAAUCAAUGCCUCCCAAGAAAGCUGCAAAGCAGGCCAAGUCCGCCAGAGGCCGCACGCCAGCAACGCCUCGUCAUGCGCGAGAGCUCUUGAGGAAGAAUGUCCUAUCGCCGCUGAUGCAAGCAAGGCGACCGGUAGCAUCUCCAUUGUCUAGUCCAUCGAAAGCACCAGGUCCCAGAAAAGCACUCACACCCACGAAACAAGGGCCCUUCAUCUUCCGAUCGCCCAAGAGACCAGACUUCUCGCCGAUCACGCCAGCCAUCUUCGAAAGCAGCAGUCUGCGCAAUGUAGUCACCGCUUCAUCCGACACUAGCAUUGAGAUUCAAGAGAGCGAGCACGAGAAAGAGAACCUACCAGAGCCGGACACAUACGGUCCAGAGACCCAAGUGGACGGAGCCGUGCCUGAGACGCCGACGAAAGCGCGCUACCAGAAUAUGAUCGAGCACCUGAUCAACAAGGAGACCCAGAAUGAUGUCGCGUUCGAUGAGCGAGUGGGAGGAGUUAGUGGUUGUCUCGUGCCGGGCCUGCAGCGGAGAAGCAGUGGUAGACAAAGCGCUAUGAUGAAGAGUCCUCGUUGA